AUGUCUCUAUUCCAAUUGGUGUAUGAAAAGGCUUGUUAUCUACCAGUGGAGCUAGAUCACAAAGCAUUUUGGGCUCUCAAGCUACUGAACUUUGACAACAAUACUGCUGGUGAAAGAAGGAUCCUACAACUACAGGAAUUGGAAGAAUUCAGGUCCCAAACCUAUGAAAGUGCCAAAAUUUAUAAGGAAAGGGCAAAGAAAAAGCAUGACCUCAAUUUGGCACCAAGGAACUUUGAAGAGGGACAGAGAGUAGUCCUCUACAACUCCAAGCUGAAGCUUUUUCCUGGAAAGCUAAAGUCAAGGUGGUCAGGACCCUUUCUUGUCACCAAGGUCUCACCUUAUGGACACAUAGACAUUAUGAAAGAAUGUUCACAGGAAAUCUUUACUGUGAAGAGCACCAAGGAAGAAGCAGAGGAAAGAGCAGAAGAAGCAACGUUGGUGGCCAAAGCUGGCUCACCAUCGUUGCUGGCAAUGUUCUUGCAAAAGGGGGUGCAACGUUGGAGGGAACGUUGGCUCACCAAUGCUACCUCCAAUGUCUUUAAUAAGACUCAAAGUUAG